GGUGACUGUUGUGACAAUAUGUUAGUCGCAAGGGGAAGUGUGGUUGUUUGCCACCCGCUAGCAAGCAGUGUUGUAUCUUGAGUUCCUUGAGCUCGCCCACAGUACAGCCCACAUCGUCGCGCGACAGCAACAACAAUGGCAAAGCGUUAGUGUGUGGCGCUAGGAGCUCUCUCUCUCUCUCGUAUGCGGCCGCUCCGUGUCCCCUUUUCCACCACUUUUAACUCGACUCGUUUUUUAUUUUUCACGUCAAAUUAUUACAAUCUCUAUCUUUUAUCGUUCCACAAUGUUCGAAGCGAGCAGACCGUGUGUCCCCGCUGCUUGGCCGCUGGGUUGCAGCUACUAACCUAGCUGCCUUUUCACUCGGUGGUUAGCUAACAUUUUUGUAGCUAACAUUUUUCCCAAGCUCCGUCGUUUGUUUGUUUUUAUAUCUAUGUAAAAAAACAAACAAAAAACGAGCGAAUGUUUCAGAAGUGAUCUGUUUUAUGACAACCGUUGUCAAAUAGCUGCUAUUCGAUACGAAGUGUUUGUAUGUUUGUCGUGGAAACUAGUUUGCUGGCUAGCUAACAGGCUAGCUAUUUGUGUGUAUCCGCGUCAAGAAGGGAAAACGCCACCAGAGUUUCCUUUUUGGAGAAAGUAAUGGAUGACCAGACCAGGAUGUUGACGGGUCUCACCGGACUUGGUGGACUACAGCCAGGCGACGUCGGCGACCCGGACUCUGUUCGGAAGCAGUCCCUUGGCCAGCCUCAGCAAGACAUAGGGGAUAUCCUCCAGCAAAUAAUGGCCAUCACCGAUGAGAGCCUGGACGAAGCACAGGCCAGAUGCUGGCCAGAGGAUUCGCCGGCGCAUUGGGGUGGAUCAGACGACCCCACAGAGGGAGGGAGAGCAGGGGGGGGCAUGGCAGGGGGUGGCCUGCCAGUCAACUUCCAGUACAGGAAGCAUGCCCUGAACUGUCACAGAAUGAAGCCAGCCCUGUUCAGUGUUCUCUGUGAGAUCAAAGAGAAGACAGUGCUGAGUAUACGAGGUGUGCAGGAGGAAGACCCCCCGGAUCCCCAAAUCAUGCGGUUGGACAACAUGCUGCUAGCAGAGGGUGUGUCGGGGCCAGAGAAGGGUGGCGGUUCGGCUGCAGCAGCCGCGGCUGCGGCCGCGGCAGGGGGCUCACCCACCGACAGCAGCAUUGAACACUCCGACUACAGAGCCAAGCUCGCCCAAAUUCGCCAGAUAUACCACUCAGAGCUGGAGAAGUAUGAGCAGGCGUGCAGUGAGUUCACCAACCAUGUAAUGAACCUGCUGAGGGAGCAGUCUCGAACACGGCCCAUCUCGCCCAAGGAGAUUGAGCGCAUGGUGGCCAUCAUCCACCGCAAGUUCAGCUCCAUCCAGAUGCAGCUCAAGCAGAGCACCUGCGAGGCCGUCAUGAUCCUGCGUUCGCGCUUCCUUGAUGCCAGACGUAAGAGGCGCAACUUCAACAAGCAGGCUACAGAGGUGCUCAACGAGUAUUUCUACUCCCACCUAUCUAACCCUUACCCUAGUGAGGAGGCGAAGGAAGAGCUGGCCAAAAAGUGUGGGAUCACAGUGUCUCAGGUCUCUAAUUGGUUUGGCAACAAGAGAAUACGUUACAAGAAGAACAUUGGGAAGUUUCAGGAGGAAGCAAACCUCUACGCAGUCAAGACAGCGGUUGACGCCGCCAAUGUGUCGGCACAGGCUAGCCAGGCUAACUCUCCGGCGACGCCCAACUCAGGCGAUGCCUACCUUGGGUUGCGAUUGCUGAACGGGGAGGGUAUCAACAUCGCCCCCUCUCUACAGCCGCAGGUGGAUACCCUGCACCGUGCUACACACCUGACGGGCGGCUAUGAGGAGCUGUCAGGUAGUGGCCUCUACACCUCUCAUCGCCUGGAUGCAAACAGCUGGCAGGACACAACCAACCCCCCCUCUGUCACCUCUCCUCCCGGCGCUCCUGGUAGCGUCCACUCCGACACCUCCAACUGAUCGGGUGGCUCCCUUUUCCCCCAGCCCCGGAACCCCCCCACUCUCCUCGACUGCCCCCCCCCACCCGCCAUCCAUCACGCAAUUUCCUCCGGACUCCUCCUCCUCCUCUCCACAGGAUCAUUUCAUAUACACUCUGUGCUGGACCACAGGACAGUCUAUCCCCUCCUUCCCCCACCGGCUGUGUCAUGAUGUCCAUACAUGCGCGUUGACCUCACACAGUGCUCUUCACCAUCACCACCCCCGCCUGAGAAUCGCCCGUAUGUCAUCAAGCCCCCCAGCAGUGCAGGAAACGGACCACCUCGCUCUUACCAAAAAGUGCAACACACACCGCCUGCUCCACCACCACCAUCUUGUACGUCUCCAUCAGCUCUGUGUCAAGCACAAACGUUAGCAUCCUCGUAAUGAGAGGGCUCGAAAGCUGUUCAAAGGGUGGAGCUGGUAGGAAGAAGAAGGGGGAUGGAACUAUAACAGCCCUUUUUUUGUCGCUAACCACUAGAGGCCGUUGCUAACUUCUUAUUUUCUGUCUGCUAGUUUCUUUAAUUGUAGCCUAUUUUGUUGUUUUCCUUCUAACGCUGUUUCACCAAGAAUGCACCAGCCGCCACCCAAAAAAAUUCACAUGCUCCCAAUAAAGCAUCUAGAACGGCGUCUAGAGAGAAGGUGGGGGGCGCAACGUUAGCAAAAACUGUCUUCCAUGCAUGUUAGGACUUCUAGGCGUGUUUUUUUCUUUCUUUUUUUCCAUUUAACCCUUUUCCCAGUUUUUAACUUCGUUUUUAAUUAAGAAAAACUUAGAAAAAAAUGUAAAAAGGGUAUAAUUAUGACAGUCAAGACCAAAAAAAAAAAAAAAAAGGAGAAAGUGCACCGUGUUGUUGCUAUGAUGUGUGCGUAUCUCCGUGUGGGGGCGUGUGCUGCUCCCCCAUCACGGAAGCACACCUUCUGUUGUACCAAAACCAAAAAUACCACAGUCAGUAAUGAAGAUGAUGAUGAUGCCGCCACCCUUUCUUGUGUGUCUUUGUCUCUGUAUGGCGGCCUCGUGCCUCAAUUAUUUUGUGUUUUUUUUUUUUUUUUCAGGGGAUUGGUGGGGUCGUUGCAGUGAGAACAUACAUAUUCAUUUUUAUUUUUUGUAACUUUAUUUUCUGUCCAAUCAGGUGAGGGCUUCUCUCUCUCUUUCUCUCCCCUGAUACCAAAAAGAAAAAAAUGACUACACUCUUUGGAACUAUUUUUUAGCUGUUUUUUAAAUAAAGUUGUGAUCAUCAAGUUAGGUUGUCGCCUUAUGAUGGAAAAAAUAAUAAUAAUAAUAAUGUCCUUAAAAGUAUAAACUGGCGUCUGACGUGGUUCUCCUGACUUUUGUUGCCUAUGGCGGUUCAUACGACUGUAUUUUAGGAAGAAAACACCAAAAUUAUCAUCAAGCCCCGCCCACUCCUCGCCCCUGCCUGCCCCGCCCCCUUCUUUUUUCUACCUGUUGUGAUGGAUGUCACUGUACAGUUUGUGUAAUGUUUCACUAUUUCUUUUAUAAUGCUCGCUUAAGAUGCUAGUUUUUAUUUGACCUUUGACCCCCAUACAUACACACACACACACACAGGACUCUAUAUAACUCUGUAUCCACUUUUGAUUAUUAUUAUUUAGUUUUUGUUUUGUUUUUCUUACAUAACCGGGUGGAAAUGUUGGGUUUACCGUUUGGUCAUUUGCCGCUGUGGAUUUUAUUUUAUUUUUUUUAAAUGGGUGAAAAUGUAACAAUGUGAUGGUUCCCUAACAGUUUCAAAUGAAGCUUCUGUUCAAUGUGAAGGUGCAUGUUUGCUAUCAAGUGAUGAAAUGACCCCCGCAGCAGCAAAUGACCCAUAAGCCCUUUUUUGAUUUAUGAUUAUUUUCUUCUUGUUAGUAUAUUUGUAUCUCCUCUCUUUCCCUUGUAUUUACCCCUCUCUCUACCUCUGUCUUUCCAUCUCUGUUGUAUAUAUAACCCCUGACCCUCCCACUCCCCGCUGUUUUCAGACCUGUGCGUCUGUAUGAACUCCUUUUAUACCUCAACUUUAGAAUUGUUCUAGAAAGAAAGAGUAAAAACAAAAAGGAAGAAUGACAAAUUGUAGUGUUCUUAUUAGAAACUUAAUAAAAAAAACAAUUUAGUGUGAUUUUUUUUUUCUUCCUUCUUCUUCCAGUAUUUGAUUUCAGAUUUUAGGAGUGUUUCAUUUUAUAAGUUGUCACAAAAAUGCUCUUGUUAUAGUCAAAUGUAAUAAAAAGGAGAGAUUGCACCAUC